GAAGUGUUGCUAACGCUAACAAUGGCAGCUUCCACGGAGUUACGGAUGGAUGAGCUGCCUUCAGAUCCGCUGCUGCACAUUUUAUCCUACCUGGCCUUCAGGGACCUGGUCCGCUGCAGUUACGUCAGCCGCAGGUUGAACGAUCUGUCCAAACACAAUCCGCUGUGGAAGUCGCUGUGCUGCAAACACUGGCUGCUGACAGAUGCGGACCGGCUGCAGAGCGGCGUGUCCUGGUACUGUCUGUUCAGGCAGUACUACACCGACCUGGGCCGGUACAUCCAGUACUACCCGGUCCUGAAGAGAGCCUGGGAGCAGCUGAAGGCCUUCCUGCAGCAGAGGUGUCCUCGCAUGAUCGCAUCGCUCAAAGUGAAAGAUGAAAUCAGUCCAGCAUCAGAAGCAAAACUGACCUUUUAUCCUCUAACGAAGGACCAGACGGCUCAGGACCCGUCGGCCAUCGACAUGUUCAUCACAGGCUCCUGCUUCUUGGAGUGGUUCACGACUUACGUCCACAACGUCGUCACUGGAGAAUAUCCAAUCAUCAGAGACCAGAUCUUCAGGUACGUACACGACAAAGGCUGCGUGGCGACCACCGGAGACAUCACCGUCUCUGUCUCUACCUCCUUCCUGCCAGAGCUUUCGUCCGUCCACCCGCCGCACUUCUUCUUCACCUACCGGAUCAGAAUAGAGAUGUCGAGCAGCGCCUCGCCUGAAGCCGCCUGCCAGCUGGACAGCCGCUACUGGAAGAUCACCACCUCGGACGGCAACGUGGAGGAGGUCCAGGGGCCCGGCGUGGUCGGUGAGUUUCCGGUCAUGACACCUGGAAAGGUGCACGAAUACGCCAGCUGCACCACCUUCUCCACCCCGUCGGAGUACAUGGAGGGCCACUACACCUUCCACAGACUGGCCAACAAAGAGGAAGUUUUCCACGUGGCCAUCCCUCGCUUCCACAUGGUGUGUCCCCCGUUCAGGGAGCCGGUGACUCGAACGCAGAAGGCGUCGGCCAGCUACAGCGCUCGCUUCGACGACCACGAUGACGACGGCGAGUACUGCGAUGGAGACGGCGACGACUUUGGCGACCUGAGAGGAAUCAACAUGGCCGCCUUGGAGGGAGCGUGGUGCCCUCGACACAUCUGAGCUACGACCCCCUGCAGCCGGGGCUUAUGGGACGCACUGGGCGGAGCCAUGCAGGGACAGAAUCAACUUCCAGCUGCCAAGCAAACAAACGCUGUUUUAUAGAAAACGUCUUUUCUGUUUGUUGUUUAUGUCGCGACACUGUUGGAUGAGCUCGGACGGCGGCGCUCCCUUCCACGUUUUCAGUUUUCUCAAACAACAGGGACGCAAAGGAAGCCUCGCCGGCUGCUGCAGCGUUAGAAAUAAAGUCGGGAGUCGGCUUCAGUCGACAUUUAGUUGCACGGCUGCAGAGGAGCUCAUCAAAGAGCCGAGCUUCCUCCAGCAGGAGAUCCUUCAAACAAACAUGCGUGUUUUCUGGCUGCAGGAGCUUCAGGCGGAUGAACUGGUGUUCAUCAGCAGCUAGACAGAGGGAUGGAGCUGGACCUGACGUAGAGCUGCAGCUACUGAUGACUUCCACCAGCAGGUGGACGACAGGCCUGCACCAUGUCACCGACAUGUCAGAUGAUUCUGAAGUUAACAGUUUGCUGCUGAGUAGAGCAGAGUUUAAAGGUCACAGUUUAUCGUCGUGUCCUUCACCUGCAGGACGACACACUUUAUUCACAAUAUUAAACUGUCAGGACCGUGUUCUCGUGGUGGUCCUGGUCAGCUGUUUAGUUGCUCACUGAUCUUCUGGAUCCUUUCAGCCAGAUGUUUCUCCUCCUCUGUUCAGUUCUACACUGUGAAGCCAUUUUGGGCCAUUUUUACUUGUUUAGGUCAAAUUGUGAGUCAGUUACUUACAGUCAUUUUGGACCGGUUCUGAGUCAUUCGGGGGCUGACUUUGGUAAUGCUGGAUCAGUGUUACUCAGAAUUUGGACUCAGUACAGUUUAGCUGGAUUCCUUUUGGCUGCUCUGAGUUCCUGCUGAUUCAUUUACGAGAUUAAUUGACAGCUGAUAGAGUCCAGAAUCAUUUGACAUGUCGGGUGACGUUCGUCCAUCAGUCAGACAUCAGGAGCUUGUUCUGUUCCACAACAGAAGAAACGGACGAGCAAACCCUCAAACCUGACUCUCGACAGGGAAUUUUGCUCAAAUGAUUCAUGAUAAAAAUAAUUUAAAAUAUUUAUCGUCUGGUGUUUUCAGCCCAGGCAGGAUUCAGUUCUCGUCGCCCCCCAGUGGAUAGAUGUGGUGUUGCAGCUGUUGUAAAAAGCUCAGAAUCAUUCACAGCAAAGACGCCGUCAGAAUUAUGGGGAAUUUUUAUUUGACCAACAGGUUUCUUUAAGCUAAUGAUAAAUGUGAACUAUUUCUGUGGUUUCUGUGGAUUACGAAGCGACGCCAAGCUGACUACAGAGACACAGAACCAGAAGAAAAAGACCAGCAACCAUGACGAGAUGCAAAAAAGGCAACUUCAGAGAUGGAUGAAUCCACGAUGACUCGACACAACGGCACUACAGAGUCGUACAGCUGUUACAGAAAUGGAAAAAAAACACAAGAAACUAUAAAAGACCAAAAAACAAAUACUACUAGAAACUGUUGCAGCAAACCUGCUGGUCAAAUACAAACUCGUCAUCAAGCUAAACUUCACUACAAGGUCUGAGCAAAGAUCCAAAAGACUUUUGUUGCUUCCAGCUUCUUAGUUUUGAAGCUCUGGCGUCUCAAACCACGACGUUUGUAACUGAUGGUGUGAGGAUGCAGGCGCUGGUGGCGUGGGUUUAUUCAGGUGCAGCGGCUAACGCCAGCUUCAGGUUGUCGCAGUGGGAAACUUGUGUUGCUUCUUGUGUUGCCUGCCGGCCCACGAGGCGGGCGCAGUGUGAAUAUCUGGAAGAGCUGCAGGGUUGAUUUAGUUUUGAGUGUUUCCGGCUCCUGUUUUGUGUUGUUUUCUUAAACUUGGUAUCAUGAAGCAGAUUUCCUUCUGAGGCGGGUUUGUUUUGUAUGUUUGGACUAAAUAAAUGACAGAUAUUCAUGCAGA